CGACGAAUGAGGUGGACCUGCUCAAGCCCGAGGCCAGAACUGCAGGGCUCGCGCCGCCGCGGCGCCCGCUCGCGCUCGCGCUUGCGGUCGGAUGGACGGCUGUGCCGUCGCGGUGCGGGCCGGCGCGGGCGGCCGGGGGGACUGCCUCGUGGCCGUGCGCAGCAUCUGCGUGGGCGAGACGGCGCUCGAGGAGGCGAGGGUCGUCUGUGUGGCGAGCGACGCCAUCUCCGCGGCACCCCUCGAGGAGAGGCUCCGGGAGCUGCACGCGCGGCUGUCAGGCCCGGGCGGGCCGGGGGCCGCGCUGCUGGGCGCGCGGCCCGGCGGUCGCCCGCUGUGCCGCGGCCCGGGGGGUGGGCCGCGGGCGCGCCUGUACCGGGAGUGGGCAGAGGAGGGUCUGGCUGCCCUGCGGGCGCCCGAGCGGGCCAGCGCGGUUGAGGCGAUGCUGGCCCUCUCGUUCAACGCCUACAGCACCGCGGGGGGGAGGUUCCAGGCCGCAGGGUCCUGUGCCUCCCUGGCUCUCGUGCGCCGCGAACGCGACCGUCGUGGGGCCAGACGAGGGUCCGGGCCAGCUGGUGUGCCUCGCGCCCAUUGCUCCAGGCGACGAGGUGCUGGUGAGCUACCUCACCGACGAGGACCUCUGCAAGCCCGCCCAGCUCCGCCAGGCGAGGAUCGACAGCUGGGAGUUCGACUGCGGGUGUCCCCGGUGCGCGGGGCCCGUGGACGACGCGCGCCGCUUCGCGUGCCCCCGGGAGGGCUGCGGCGGCACGUGCCUGUCGCUGCUGACGCCCGGCCGCCCCCCGGCGGAGGAGGGCGGCCGCGCGAGCGUGCCCAGGCUGCAGGCCGUCUCGCCCUGCAGCGCCUGCUCGCAGGCGCCGCCCCCCGACGUGCUGGGCGCGUGGGGCGCUGCCGAGGAGGAGGUGCAGGGCCUCCUCGGGGGGCUGCCUCGCGGCCUCUACGCCGCCUGGGCGGUCUGCGAGGAGUUCGCCGCGAGGCACCCAUUCCACUGGCUCGUGUGGCAGUGGAAGCGUCACCUCCUGUCGCACCUGCGGAAGGAGGCCGCGGACGCUGGGGGGGCGGACGAGGCUCGCCGGGGGGUCGGCCCGAGAACGGUGUUCGGGCGCUGUCGUGGGCUGUUUUUUUGCUUCGAUAUAGUUUUGCAGCAGAGGCGGAUUGAAGACAACACAGGGGGGGCGCGCAUCAAGAAGCCAUCUGCUCUUCGUCAGGGUAUCCUGGGCUGCUGCGCUCCUCGUGCCGCGCGGUGACUUCCCGCAGCCGUGGGAGGAGCUGCUGGGUUCGGGGUGCUCGGGUUUCCCCUGAGGUGUACCUCGUGCACGGGUUCUCAGGGUUGGGUUUCUUGCGAGGGUUUCUGGCGGCUGCGCCCGCACUGUGCGAGGGACAACGAGCAGAGCACGACGACGAGAAGCACUUGUUUAGGGCGGUCCCGAAGGCUCGCGAGCUGGCCGCCGAGGUGGAGGAGCACGGCAGGGCAGCUCUGCGGUGUAUGGAAGCGAUCUACCCGUUCUGCUCCUGCUCCUGGCUGGAGGUUGAGCCCGCUCACGUGGGUCCGCCCGUGGAA